GGCCCAGCUCCAGUCUCCAGUUUCAGGAGACUCUUUUCCCCUUUUGUUGGAGGGAAGCAGUAGAGAGAUCUGCAACAGCAAUUGCAAACCAAACAUGUGUGGGUAGAGUGAGGAGCUUCAGGGACUCAAACGUUAGAAUCUACAAGCGCCGGUGACACCGAAGACAAGAGCCAUGUCAAGGAAGGAGUCUGUGUUCACCCUGCUGCUCCUGUCUUUGUUUGGGCCAACCUACAGCUGCCUGAAGGACCCGGCCGCGGCCUACAGACACAGCGGGGCUGUGUGCAGGCUCACCUACCCCGCCGCUGCAGUGUUAAACGAGAAAACCACAAAAGUGAUUGAGGCAGCUUUUCAACAUGCCCGAUAUCCGAGUAUGCAAGGAGAGAAGUCCCUGCCCCUCAUAGGCAAGGUCUCAUAUGGCCUAGAAAAUCUGGAGAUUCACAACUUGUCGAUUGGUCAGAGUGAGUUUGAGCUGGUUCCAGGAAAAGGAAUCGCGCUGAAGAUAAGCAACGUGUCUGCAGUGUUCAAAGGGACGAUCCUGUACGGAUACGGCAGCUGGCUAAUCAACGUUGAACAGUCUCUUGACCUGGAGAUUGAGUCUCAGAUUGACCUGGGGAUCAAUCCCAGACUCUACUGCGGCAAAGGAAAAGUGGCCGCAGACACAUCCGACUGUUAUCUGAAGUUUCACAAGCUGCGUCUGCACCUGCAAGGAGACAAAGAACCCAACUGGCUGAAGAAACUUUUCACCGACUUCAUUACUUUCACUGUGAAGUUGGUUGUGAAAGGGCAGAUUUGUAAGGAGAUCAACAAGCUUGCAGACAUUUUGUCCGACUUCGUUCAAGACACAGCAGCACACUUCCUCAGUGACGGAGACAUCAGCGUGGACAUCGGAGUGAGCACUGCUCCUACCAUCACUGCUAACUACAUUGAAUCCUACCACAAGGGGCUAACAAAUUACAACAACACAACUUCUGUCCUCAAUGAAUCUGUUUUCCAUCCAAGUCAGCUGACCGAAGACAGGAUGCUUUUCUUUUGGUUCUCAGAUGAACUUUUUAACCCUUUGAUUGCUGCUGCUCACCACGACGGUCGCUUUCACCUCAACGUCUCUUCAGAAGAGCUCAGCGAACUCCUAAAGAGCAAUCUGUCCAGCGUCAACAUGGAACACAUCCAAACAUGUCUGGCAGCAGCUUCUGCAGAGCUCAGAGUGUGGAGUUCUGCAGUUCCUCACCUGCACACCUUCAACACGGGAUCCAGAGUCUCAGCACAGGCCCGUGGAGAGCUGCACUGUGGGGGUCAAGGGACCCCAGCACUCGUCUUUGAAACGAGAGUUCUUGUAGAUGUCACAGCUUCCUAUGCUGACAAGAAACUCUUCCUGCAUGGCAGUCCCAAAGAGAUCUCGGUACUUCAAGCGGAAAUUCACUCCCCAGAUAAAGUGCUACAGGAUGAAGCACAGGCUCACUUUAUCAGAGAAGCUGUGGAGAAAGUCGGAGUUCCCAAAGUUUUGUCUGUUCUUCAGGUGGAGAUCACAAGGCUGCUGAACAAACAGGGGGCCAACCUGUUUGACAUCGUUGACCCUGAAGUGCUUCCUCAGGACGGCUUCAUUGUGACUAAGAUGGACUUUGGUUUCCCUCAUCACCUCCUGGUGGAUUUUCUCCAGAAGACUCUGCAGUGACACAACAGCUGCAAAGGAAUUUGGGCUUUAAACGUUUUAAAUAUUAUCCUGGAUGAAUAAAAGGAAUAUAUACUCCUGGUUUAGCUUAUAGGGUGGAGGACAUGACUGACAUGGAAACAUCAAUGUUUACUUUGACUGUGAGUCCUGUUGGGAACUUUUUGAAAAUUUUGUUUCGCCAAUAAAGCCGGGUCCAACUCAUUCUA